AUGAGCAAUGAUAGAACGCGAGCGCCCGCCGCGAACAUGAGUCAAGGUUUCGGUACUCAAUCGAGUUGGAAUAGCACCAUCUGGGGAGAUAACUUGGGAGACCAGCAUGUCGCAGACACGGGAUUAGAAGGUAAAGCGGGCUCGAGCUCUCUGCUGUCUUCCUCGGAGUCUGAUGGAUGGGGUACUCGUCCGAACAGGACUUGGGGCACCAUGAACCCCUCGUCCAGUGGCCUGUCCAGAACGGCCAACACUGGCAUGACUACUUCCCCCAUCCAGAGUCGAGCUUCUGAUAGGAGCGCGACUGGGCUCCCCGACGCUGCUGAUUCUUCUUACUUUACCCUGCCGAGGCCCUCAGGUGGGGCGCCGGGCCAUAAGGCUUAUUUGAACACCGGCUCUGAGGGAAUUUCACCUUCUGGUGAUGGCAUGUCUCUGGGAACCAUCGGCGGGUUCAGACCCGAGGGUAGACGUCAUGCCAACACGUCCUCUGCUUUUGGGGGCAGUCCCGUCGGCAGCGGUUUCCAGAUGAGAGCUGGUCUGUCGAGUCCGCUUGACAAUACGGCAUCCGAUGGCGUAUCGGCCUCCAUAGCGAUGUCCUCUCUUCCUCAGACGCUGCCUGACACCGCGGCCCAGAGUUUGAGUCGCAAUGUUUAUUCACACGCCUCUUCCAAUUCCGCCUCAUUUGCCCCUGCGAGACCACCUCACUCCUCGUUUCCCUCGUUCCACUCGGAAAGCCAAGGAUUUGACGGCCGAUACGGCAGCAACUCCGUCGACCUUAACGCCGGGCUCAACAAGUUGAACCUCAAUGAUAACAACUACGGCGCACACACCGCAUCCAACCGGCCCACCUAUAUCUCACAUCCCUCCUUGGAUGGUGGCUCCCUCCAACGGUUCAGAUACCAGGCUUCGAGUGAUGAGAGCAACUACCCUUCCUACGUAAAUGAGCGCCCGUCGGACUUGUCAUUGCCAUACACAACCAGGCCUCGCUUCGCUGAAGGACCGAUUUCGCCGACCGAUUACGCUCGCAUGGAAAGCACUUUCAAUCCGGCUCUCGACAGCGGACAACUCUCUGGAUCGCAUUUCCGAAAUGCUUCUGGCAGCCGCCUGCCUGAUAACCAGGCCACACCUUACGAACGACGCUUCCGGGGACUCGCUGCGGAACAGGAUUUCGCCCCGCCGAAUAUUAAUCCCCUGCAACGCAUGGCUUUCCAAAGUGCCUACGAUGUCUCGCGGUUCCAAACGGGAGGGCUCCAGGCGCUUCCUACCAUGUACCCCCAAGCAGCCCAUGCGAGUGCGGUGGCUCUCGCUUCAAGGGGUAUGCGCGAGCCAGACCUCUCACAGGCGGCCAGGAGCGCCGUGCUCGAUGAAUUCCGCACAAAUAGCAAAGGCAACAAGCGAUACGAACUCAAGGAUAUAUAUGGAUUUGUUGUAGAGUUCAGUGGAGACCAGCAUGGCUCCCGAUUCAUUCAGCAAAAGCUGGAGACUGCAAACAGCGACGAAAAGGAGCAGGUGUUCCGGGAAAUCCAGAGCAAUGCCCUGCAAUUGAUGACGGAUGUUUUCGGGAACUACGUUGUCCAGAAGCUUUUCGAGCACGGCAACCAGACUCAAAAGAAGAUUAUCGCCAAUCAAAUGAAGGGACAUAUCCUGAGCUUGUCCCUUCAGAUGUACGGGUGCCGCGUGGUCCAAAAGGCACUGGAACACAUCCUCACCGACCAGCAAGCAUCUAUGGUUCGGGAACUUGAACCGGCUGUCCUCCGGUGUGUCCGGGAUCAGAACGGAAACCACGUGAUUCAGAAGGCCAUUGAACGUGUUCCCUCGGAGCACGUACACUUUGUCAUUGAUGCCUUUAUCGGCAACGUCGAGAAACUUGCCACCCAUCCCUAUGGGUGUCGGGUCAUCCAGCGCAUGCUCGAACAUUGCGAACAGGUGGACCGGGAACAAAUCUUGUCAGAGUUGCAUGUCUGCACGGCCAAACUCAUCCCCGACCAGUUCGGCAAUUACGUGAUUCAACAUGUCAUCGAGCACGGCGAAGAAAAGGACCGUUCCGCCAUGAUCAACGUCGUUAUAUCAAACCUCAUCGCUCAUUCGAAGCAUAAGUUCGCCAGCAAUGUUGUCGAAAAAAGUAUCGACUUCGGCGAACAAGGCCAGCGCCAACACAUCAUUAGCAUGCUCACGAACUCCAAUGAUAGAGGGGAAAACCCCCUGCCCGGACUGAUUCGUGAUCAGUAUGGAAACUAUGUUAUACAGAAAGUUUUGAGUCAGUUGAAAGGCGUCGAGAGAGAGACUCUCGCAGAACAGAUCCGGCCUCUGCUCAACGGAAUCAAGAAAACGAGCUAUGGCAAGCAAGUCGCCGCCAUUGAAAAAUUGGUAUAUGAUCCUUCCGGUGGCGUUCCUCCCGCAACCCAUGCCAGUCACACCUCCUCUACAACACCCCCCAACUCCCACAAAUCCUCCCCCCAGCCUUCCAAGCGCUCCGUGAAUGGAUCGGAGAGCGGCCGGGGCCCAGUUGUCGGGGCGGCUCCGCCUACGCCUCCCCCAACCGACACUCAGUCCAAUGUCGACGGAUCGGUCGAGUCCAAGAGUGUUCCCAAAAGCACCGUGACUCCCUUGGCCGAGUCUGAGUCCGCGGAUGCCACUCCGGCCUCGUCGGUCAAUAUCAAUGGCACUACCUAA